CCUGCCUCAGCCUCUUGAGUGCUGGGAUUAUAGGCAUGAGCCACCCCUCCUGGCAAGAAUGUGGGUUUUUAAACUAGUGAUAUUUGAAAUGGGAAAAUCCCUCCACCUGAAGUGAUUCAGAGCAAUGUCUUUUGCCAUUAGUGGUUCAUGAGGUCAAUUUAUCAGCUUUUAACCAGAGAAAAAGAAAUACCCUGGGAAACUCAGAUGCCACGCAUGGAGGGCAGCGAGGUCUGAUGUGCUUUGGCUGCUGUUUCGAGCACAUGUGCAGCAGGUCACAUGGACACCAGGUUGGGGGUGUGGUGCUGCCAGGUGUGGAUGUGAGCAGGUGACUGAGCCUGGCCUUGGUGUGGCAUAGGCUUUUCGGGGACAGGGUCUCACUGCUUUGCCUGGGCUGGCAUCAGACUCCUGGACUCAGGCAAUCAUGCCUCAGCCUCCCGAGUAGCUGGAAUACAGGCGUGGUGGCCCUGUGCUUGGCUUACAUGUGGCAAUCCAGAACAUCUGUAUAGAUUGCUGCCAGGGGGAGCAGGCCCAUCCAUGGUGCAAGGAGAUUAUGACCCCCUCUGAGAGAUGCAUAGUGAUGGGGGUGCUGUCCUGUUUGCAGAGCCUAGCUCCCCCUCUUGUAGGUGCUUGGGGAGUACAUGUAGGCUCCACAUAUGUUCGGGAGUGCCACACAGAUGGCAUUGUCAUACAUUAUAUGCUUAUUAGCGUUGGCUGGUCCUGGACAGUGUCCCCUGUGUGCCCAAGAGGAAGGGUGACCCGUGUGGUCCUGAGCUGAUCAUCCAGGGCCAGACCUGGCCAGGACAGCAAGAGGGCUCCCGGCCACGGCCCUGUGAGGGCCUCCUGUGGGGUCUCCCUCGAGAACCGGGGCUGGAAAGCCUGUGCUCCUCCACAGAGGGUGCUGUUCCAUAGACUUGGUGUCAGGUGCUCAGUGGGGAGACUGUGGGAUGGGUUGUCACCGGGGCACGGGUUGUAUAGCGGCUGAGCUGCUUAUCCUAGGGGCUCGAGUUUUCUGAGUCGGAAGUACGCCGUUCAGGGCCAUUUGGGAGUCACUCCUUUUCCAGGGUUACAGGUAGCAUCUCUUGCAUCUUUGAGCUCUGGACAUCACACAAAUGUGAGGUCCCUGAAGGCUGCUGGGUUCCGUCUCUCACCCCCAGACUUGCCAUCCUCAGAGUCACCACACAGUGGCCCAUAGGGUCAGCUCUGCCGGCACCUGGGGUCUGAAAGCAUUUGUGGAAUGAGGGGACAGUGGCAUGUGGCAGCUGUCGGGCGGGGGGGUGUCUUACCACGUGAAACUGAAAUGGAGAUGGCGUGUGGGAAUGGGACUGUGACUGCCGUCAGCCAAAUGCUGCCUCGUGGGAGCUGCUCUGCCUCAGGGCCCGCGGUGGUGUGGCCAGGCCUAACCUGGGCCACAAGGCGUGUGGGGUUCCAGGUCUCAUGGCUGCAGCCAGUGUGACCCCCCUGGGCUCCCUGGACCUGCUGCAGCCGGGCUUUUCCAAGACCCUCCUGGGGACCAAGCUCGAGGCCAAGUACCUGUGCUCUGCCUGUAGAAACGUCCUGCGGAGGCCCUUCCAGGCCCAGUGUGGCCACCGCUACUGCUCCUUCUGCCUAAGCAGCAUCCUCAGCUCUGGGCCUCAGAACUGCGCUGCCUGUGUUCAGGAGGGGAUCUACGAGGAAGGCAUUUCUAUCUUAGAAACCAGCUCAGCCUUUCCAGACAAUGCUGCCCGCAGGGAGGUGGAGAGCCUGCCAGCCGUCUGUCCCAACGAGGGGUGCACCUGGAAGGGGACCUUGAAGGAAUAUGAGAGCUGCCACGAAGGACUCUGCCCGUUCCUGCUGACGGAGUGCCCUGCGUGUAAAGGCCAAGUCCGCCUUGGGGAGAAGGAGCGCCAUGCUGAGCAGGAGUGCCCAGAGAGGAGCCUGGCCUGCCGCCACUGCCGGGCGCCCUGUUGCCGAUCGGACCUAGAGGCGCACUAUGUGGUCUGCCCCAAGUUCCCCUUGAUCUGCGAUGGCUGCGGCAAGAAGAAGAUCCCUCGGGAGAAGUUUCAGGACCAUGUCAGGACCUGUGGCAAGUGCCGGGUCCCCUGCAGAUUCCACGCCGUGGGCUGCCCUGAGCUGGUGGAAGUUGAGGAGCUGGAGGGGCAUGAGGGGCAGCAGUUGCGGGAACACCUGGCCCUGCUGCUCAGUGCCCUCCUGGAUGCCCAGACCCUCCCGGGGGGCCAGAGCCAGUCAGAGUCCGAACUGUUGCAGCGGUGCCAGGCCCUGGAGCGGAAGACAGCCACCUUCGAGAACAUUGUCUGUGUUCUGAACCGGGAGGUGGAGAGGGUGGCUGUGACUGCAGAGGCCUGUAGCCGGCAGCACCGGCUGGACCAGGACAAGAUUGAGGCCCUGAGCAACAAGGUGCAGCAGCUGGAGAGGAGCAUUGGGCUAAAGGACCUGGCCAUGGCUGACCUGGAGCAGAAGGUCCUGGAGUUGGAGGCUGCCACCUACGAUGGGGUCUUCAUCUGGAAGAUCUCCGACUUCAGCAGGAAGCGCCAGGAGGCUGUGGCUGGCCGAACGCCGGCCAUCUUCUCCCCAGCCUUCUACACGAGCAGGUACGGCUACAAGAUGUGUCUGCGCAUCUACCUGAAUGGCGAUGGCACCGGGCGGGGGACGCACCUGUCCCUCUUCUUUGUGGUGAUGAAAGGCCCUAACGAUGCUCUCCUGCGUUGGCCAUUCAACCAGAAGGUGACGCUGAUGCUGCUCGACCCGAACAACAGGGAGCACGUGAUCGACGCCUUCAGGCCUGAUGUGACCUCCUCAUCCUUCCAGAGGCCGGUCAGCGACAUGAACAUUGCCAGCGGCUGCCCCCUCUUCUGCCCCGUGUCCAAGAUGGAGGCCAAGAACUCCUAUGUGCGGGAUGAUGCCAUCUUCAUCAAGGCCAUUGUGGACUUGACGGGGCUUUAGCCACAGCUGGGGGACACAGUGCUUAGGGAGAAGUCACACUGGGCCAGGGCCCUGCACACUGGCAGGCAGGCAGCAGCUGCCGCCCUCUCUGCGCCAGAGACCGUGAGGAGCUGGCCUGGAAAGCCCCGGCCUUCAUGGAAGGGCCCUGCACCCGUGUGGGCACUCGGGAGCCAUUUCUGCCCAGGCUCCCGGCCUGCUGCAGUGGCAGGAGUGUCGGCCGCCACCAGGAGAAGGGCUGCUGCCUGCAGAGGGGCCCUGGAGCACGGGGCUCAGACCCCACACGUACUGCACAGGAGAGUGGCUCAAGGGAGCCCAUGGGGCGACACUUGGGCUGUGGAGCCAUCGGUAUUAAACCCUUGAGAUCCCGUGGUG